CCUCGAUCAGCACGUACAGUACACUAAUAGACGUUACUUCUCACGGAUCAGCAGUAAAACAUCUCCGAGAUGUUCGCUAGAGUCUCGUGGGUUGCUGUGACAAUAAUCGCGCUAUUUUGCGUUUAUACCUCACAUGCUCAAAUUGUAUCGCAGGUCUGUUUAGGCUGCAUAUGCGAAGUUAGUUCAGGAUGUAAUACCACUAUCGGAUGUAGUGAAGCUGUAUGUGGACCCUUUGCCAUAACAUGGGGUUACUGGUCUGAUGCUGGUAAACCAACUCUAAACAGCGAACCACUUAGUGACAGUGCUUAUGCCAGAUGCGUUAACGAUCCUUACUGUGCUGCUGCUGCAGUACAGAACUAUAUGACCAAAUUCGGUCACGACUGUACUGGAAAUGGAGUGAUCGACUGUGAAGAUUAUUUGCGUAUUCAUCGACUUGGCGCAAAUGGCUGCACUGGUACGCUUAAUAGCAAAUUUGAGAAUAGAUUCAAAUUGUGUUUACGAACCUUCCAAAAUAUGUUCCCGAGAAUCUCAUGGAUUGCCAUGGCAAUACUCGUGUUAUUUUGCGUUUAUAUCAACGCUCAACUCAUGUCGUUACUCUGCUUAGGCUGUUUAUGCGAAGUUAGUACAGGAUGUAAUAUCAAUAUUGGUUGUAACAACAUGGUGUGUGGACCAUUUUCGAUAACAAAGUACUACUGGGAGGAUGUUGGCAAACCACCUCCAAUGGGUAACUCGAGCAAUGAUGACGACGCGUUUCGCAAUUGCGUUAAUGAUUUGUACUGUGCCGGUUAUACGGUACAAGCCUAUAUGGCGAAACACAGUAAGGACUGUAAUGGAGAUGGAGUAAUCGACUGUGAUGAUUACGUACGUCUUCAUCGACUUGGCUCAGCCGGCUGCAAUAACUCGCUAAGCAGUGAUUACGAGAAUAAAUACAAAUUGUGUUUGCAAACCUUCGAACGCAAAUAA